UAAAAAGUCAACAAGUCCACAGAAACAGAGAUAUACCGGAAUAAACCGUUUCGGUUUAAGAUUAUCGGUUCUAAUUAUUGCUUUCCUUGGAGAAAACAGAGUCCUCCUCCAAUCUGUGAAGAAAGAAAGAUGGAGAAGAAGAAGAAGAAGCAGAGAUCAGAGGUUUCGUCAACGGAAGCUGUUCUUCUCGGAGCUCUAGCUCCAGGCGUCAAUGCUCCGACAUGGAACACUCUCAAAUUAUCGUUUCUUAUGCUGGGUCUCUGUCUCACUUUCAUGCUCUCCAUAGCUUUCACAAGUGGCCAAUCCAUGUUGCUUGUUCAUGUUGGCUUCCUCAUCGUAAUCGCUUCUUCUCUCUUCGUCCUCCUCAACUGGUUUCUUGCUCAGACAGGGUUAGUACCAGUGGAGACACAGAUGCAGGAGUUGAACUUGGCACCUACUGACAAAACCAAAUGAUCAAGCACCAUGUUAUCCUUUUCUUAGUUAGUCAGACGCAGGCACAAAGUCAACAUGAAAAUUCCAGUUUCUCUUUGAAGUAGACAAUAGGAUUUUGCUUUCUUCUUCUUGUUUUGUUUUCUUUAUUUGGCUUGAGGAAGCAGAAGCACAAACAGCAAGGGAACUGAGACAAGACCUCCAUCUUGAUCCUUUUCUUGGUUUCACUUUAUUUACUUCCUCAUCCCAUGUAGAUGAUUAUCACUUAUACUAGUCUCUCUUUGAACUGGUUUCAAUGCUGAUCUAAUUCGAUUCAUUCCUCAAGAACACAAAAGAAGUUAAUGGAUUUAAAGCUUUUGAA